AUAUUAUUUCCUAGUCAGGAUGGAUGAACAUGUGUUGAAUGAACUGCUGGAGUGCUCCGUGUGUCUAGAACGCAUGGACACUAGCAGUAAGGUACUGCCUUGUCAACACACAUUCUGUCGCAGAUGCCUCGAGGAAAUUUUAAGCACAAAGAAGGAAAUACGGUGCCCAGAAUGCCGCACUCUGGUAGAAAGAAAGGUAGAGGAUUUACCAGCAAACAUCUUGCUGAUCCGACUCCUGGAGGGGAUGAAAUCUGCCCAGUUUCUCCAGCAGCAGCCAAUCACAGCGGGCCCUGUACACUCCUCGGUGCGAGCUACGAACUCGACAGCGGCUGUUCGGACCUCUCCUGUCCCUAAAGCGUCGACAGCUCUGCCUGUGGCCUGUGCCAAAGCGCUGUUUAACUACGAUGCACAAGAACCUGGAGACCUCACCUUCAAGAAAGGUGACAUGAUUUUAUUGAGGAAGAAAGUGGAUGAGAAUUGGUUCCAGGGGGAAUUGAACAACCAGCAUGGCUUCUUCCCUGCCAGUUAUGUACAGGUUAUCACUCCCCUUCCUACGACUGUGCCUCAGUGUAAGGCACUGUAUGACUUUGAAAUUAAUGACGAAAAUGAAAAGGACUGCCUCACCUUCAGGAAGGAUGAGAUCGUCACGGUGAUAAGACGUGUGGACAAUAAUUGGGUAGAGGGAAAACUGGGUGACAGGAUAGGGAUAUUUCCUAUUUCCUUUGUGGAGAUGAAUGAUCCUGCUAAGACUUUAGUUAGUUCUUCUGGGUCUGCAGCUCAGCAGAAGUCAAAUGGAAUCUCCCCCCAGACCAGUUCAGGUCACAGUAGUGGAGACAAUGGCCCAGUGCCCCCCACUGUGCCAGGGCCUGCUGCAGGGCCUAGUCCAGGGCCAAAUGCAGGGCCUAGCCAAGGGUCUAGUACAGGAUCAGGGGUCAACCCAGGCCCUUCUUUACUGCCUAGACCACAGCCACAGAACCCUAAGGUUUUGGCAGCGAAAUCUCAGAAAAGGCAUUCCCUGUCAGGUCUGGGCAGCACAGGGCAGAAAUGCUCUUCUCCUCAGUCCCAGCAUAGGCACUCCAUGGAGAUAGCAGGCAAUGUGAACUUUACUGCCAGUCCCACGACUUCUCCUGCCCCCGUGGCUAGUACAGCUAAUACUGCACCAGGGCUGAACCAGUCACCUCCGUCUGUGCGCCAUGUCCAGCCAGUCUCUCCUGCCAUAUACAUUGCCCUCUAUCACUACAAACCACAGAAAGAGGACGAGGUGGAGCUUCAUAAAGGAGAUUACUACUCAGUGGCUGAGAAGUGCCAGGACGGCUGGUUUAAGGGACGAUGUUUUAAGACUGGGAAAGUGGGGGUCUUCCCUGGAAACUAUGUCCAACUUGUCAAAGACCUCACCUUCAAGAAAGGUGACAUGAUUUUAUUGAGGAAGAAAGUGGAUGAGAAUUGGUUUCAGGGGGAAUUGAACAACCAGCAUGGCUUCUUCCCUGCCAGUUAUGUACAGGUUAUUACUCCCCUUCCUACGACUGUGCCCCAGUGUAAGGCACUGUAUGACUUUGAAAUUAAUGACGAAAAUGAAAAGGACUGCCUCACCUUCAGGAAGGAUGAGAUCGUCACGGUGAUAAGACGUGUGGACAAUAAUUGGGUGGAGGGAAAGCUGGGUGACAGGAUAGGGAUAUUUCCCAUUUCCUUUGUGGAGAUGAAUGAUCCUGCUAAGACUUUAGUUAGUUCUUCUGGGUCUGCAGCCCAGCAGAAGUCAAAUGGUACCUCCCCCCAGACCAGUUCAGGUCACAGUAGUGGAGACAAUGGCCCAGUGCCCCCCACUGUGCCGGGGCCUGCUGCAGGGCCUAGUCCAGGGCCAAAUUCAGGGCCUAGCCAAGGGCCCAGUACAGGAUCAGGGGUCAACCCAGGCCCUUCUUUACUGCCUAGACCACAGCCACAGAACCCAAAGGUUUUGGCAGCGAAAUCUCAGAAAAGGCAUUCCCUGUCAGGUCUGGGCACCACAGGGCAGAAAUGCUCUUCUCCUCAGUCCCAGCAUAGACACUCCAUGGAGAUAGCAGGCAAUGUGAAUUUUACUGCCAGUCCCACGACUUCUCCUGCCCCCGUGGCCAGUACAGCUAAUACUUCACCAGGGCUCAACCAGUCACCUCCGUCUGUGCGCCAUGUCCAGCCAGUCUCUCCUGCCAUAUACAUUGCCCUCUAUCACUACAAACCCCAGAAAGAGGACGAGGUGGAGCUUCAUAAAGGAGAUUACUACUCAGUGGCUGAGAAGUGCCAGGACGGCUGGUUUAAGGGACGAUGCUUUAAGACUGGGAAAGUGGGGGUCUUCCCUGGAAACUAUGUCCAACUUGUCAAGACCCCCCAGCUGACCACCACCAGGUCUCCCCAGAGAACCUCCGCCAAUGUCCUCAAUAUCCGUGCCACUGGACAGGGGUCACCAGGUGGAGGCACUGUCCAGUCCUCCCAGUCCCCGGCCACUGCCCUGGCGGCCAGCAUGGAUUACAUGGUCACCAGGCCCAACUCUGCUGGCUCCGCACCCCCUCCCAGGCCCCCUCACCAACCCAUCACUGUGGCUAUGGCCCAGGCAGCUAGGGCACAGCAAGCUAGGGGUGCCGGCGGGGGCAGUGAACCCAGUAGUCCAAAGAGUACAAGUAGUGGUGCUACAUCUGCCAAGACUGAUUUCCCCCUUCCUGUGCCCCCAAGGACAGUGAGCCAGACCUCCCCACCGUCACCAAAGCAGCCUUCCACGUCGGGGUCUGCAGCUUCUGCCUUGUCCUCCCAGCAGACUGUAGCAGCUAUUCAACAUUCCAUGUCUACCAGUAGUAAUAUUACCCCACCCAAUGUGGUGGUGGGGGCUUCAGGAGCACUGGAACCCAUGCUGGGAUCUGGGGCUGCCAAAGAGAAGGAGAAGAAGAAAGAGAAAGAAAAAAUGAGUCUGAUGAAAAGGCUGACAAGCAGUAGCAAGGGUAAAAAGUCCAAGUCUGCUCAAGAGACACCAGAGGCCGCCACAUGCCAGGAGGGUGCGUCUGGGGGUCAUUCUCGCAGUGGUUCCCUACCUAGUGAAGAGGGCGCUGUGGCACCACCCCCAGCAGUGGUGCACCAUAAGAAAACUGGGUCCCUUGAUUCUUCCACGGCACCCACUCCCAAACCUGGCAAGCCAAAGCCUCUGAUCAGAGAAAGAUUUCGCUGUAUUGUGCCAUACCCUCCCCAGAGUGACAUUGAGCUGGAACUGAAAAUAGGGGAUAUAGUUUAUGUGCAUAAAAAACGUGAAGACGGGUGGUUCAAGGGGACCCUCGCAAGGACAGGAAAGACUGGAUUGUUCCCAGGAAGCUUUGUGGAGAGUUUUUAACUCACAAUGAGUUGGGUUCAAAAGAGAAAACUCAGAAAUGUGCCACAUCCUGCCAUCGGGGUUCUUGGCAAAAGGAAAUGCUCUGGAAUUGGUUUCUGAGAAGUGAAAUAUGUCAUGCUUUCAGUCAUAGUGAUAUAGUGCAGCAUUGAUUGCAGUUCAUCACCAAAUAAUUUGUCCUGUGUGGGCAGUAUUGGAUCAAAGUUGUUAUGGUGAGUAAUCUUGUAGGAAGUACAAGAGACACAGACAGUAAAGGAAGAUGUAGUAUUGAGAGACAUGGUCACAGAAGGAAGUUGUAAUGGAUUACUCACAGGGGUUUCUUCCUCGAGAAUUAAUUUGAAGAAGACAGAAAAUUCUCAUGUUGAUGACAUUUUGAUCAAAGCUGCCAAAACCAGAUAAGCGAUUAAAACUGUAAGAUGUGUUUAUCAGCAGAUUGCAUUUUUAGCAGAGCUACUAAAACCAAAUAAUGGGGAAAAAAAGCAAAAGAUGCAUUUAACAACAGACAACAUUUUUUAGAAUCAAAGCUGCCAAACCACAAAAUGUAAUGAAAAGUAAAGAUGCUUUUAACCUCAUUAAAUAACCUUAUGAAAGUGUUAUUAGAAAUUUUGUGAUUGUAAGUUAGUAUCUAGAACAAUGAGACACAAUUGAAAGUGAAGCUGAACGUCUGUAUGUAAAGGGAAAGAUGUAGAAUUUUUAUAUUAAAUGUUUCAAGUGGAGUAGCAGUUUAAACAAUUAUUAUUAAAGUGUCAAGAAAGCUGAUCUCAUGUGGCCCGUCAUAUUAGGUAUGUUUUAUAUGUUGUAAUGUUUUUAUUGACGGUUUUAUGAAAUAAUUGUAUGCACCCAUUUUCAGUCAGCAUGUUCAUAAUUAAGAUUGGAUUAAAAUGAUUUCUGUCAAAAAAUAUGAAAAAUUUGAAUCACGUAUGGUAAGUAUAUCAUUUCUGUUUAGCCAUGCCACUGAAAUAUUGAAAGUCAUUAAAAAAAUAAAACGAGGAUCAAGUAUUCAUAAGUUAGCAUUUACAUGUAUUCUUUCUGUGUUAAGUACAAUGUCCUUAGAUAGAAAAAGAAACUCAUCUUAACGGGUAUUAUUCGUUAUAAGAAAUAUCAGAAUCUCCCUCGUGCCAGGUUAAUGCAGUAUCCCUCUCAGCCCAGAGGACACUGACUGUUACCUGAUUUUACUACCAUUUUCAUGGGCAAUGCAGAAGGUUUCAGUUUACAACAUAGCAAAAAAAGUGGUGGGUUUCCUUACAUUCUUUACUUAUUGCAAAAUGUGUCUUCUGCCAAUGAAUAUCUUAGUUAACAUCAACAGGAUGUGUUUUCUUUAAAAAAAUUCAAAGAUUAUAGAGUGCAGUUAUGAGAUUACUUAUGUUAACUUUUGGUUAGAUAGCAAUAAGAAGCUUCUGGUUUUGAAACAUGACCUUGUUGCUGUCCCUCAUUAUUUAGAUCAUUGGCCAUCAUGCAUGGAGCCAUGCAGCAGUUUAGUUAAAGUAUAUGCUCAUUUUUAAAGUUUUUUUUUUUCCCUUUGAAAAAAUAAAGCAUAAACUAUUGAUAGUUAUUGCAUCCUUUUGAUCGAAAAAGCUCAACAGUAUAGAAUUUUAUGCAGAUCUAAUAAUUCCAGGCUUUGUAAUUAGGUGAUAUAAUGAGGGGCAUUAUCAUUUAAAGUGACUCCUAGUGCAUAUUUUGCUUAUAUGUUGGAUUAUGAUUAAAAUCUUCAAGGUAUGUGCCCAAGUUCCCAUUGGUGGAAAUAUUACUGAGUGAAAAAUCAUUGUGUUACUUGUGAAAUGGGUAAAAUGUGAAGUUUCGUUAUAACUCACCGCACUGGUAAUAUCACUUGUGGAUUCUAUUGUUUUCUAUAUACAUAUAGUUCAUUGGUACAGCUGGCAUAGCAAAAAAGUAGAUCUGGGCAAAUUUUAUGAAAAUAUAAAUACAGUACGAUAUUAAA